CAUGGACACUGUGCUGACCUCUCCAGACCCUCCCAGUCAUGAGGACAUUCCUCUUUCUCUUUGCUGUGCUCUUCUUUCUGACCCCAGCCAAGAAUGCAUUUUUUGAUGAGAGAUGCCAGAGACUUAAAGGGACAUGCACAGAUUAUUGUAAGAAAAAUGAAGAAAUUAUUGCCCUCUGCCAGAAGUCUCUGAAAUGCUGUCUGACCAUGCAGCCAUGUGGGAAGAUGACAGAAGAUUAAUUCAGAAGAUGUAGGUUUCCAGAGAAGCGUACAUGACCUAGCAUCUUUUUACUCUUGCCUCUGCUGCAAGUAGACACUUUAAUAAAAAUAAAUGACUGUC